AUGUUGCAGAAGAGACUGAAGCAAAAAUCGCUUAUUUAAUAAACUUACAAGAAAAAUACAAAAUUUGAGAUUUGUCUUGGGCAAUAAAUUUAUAACGACAUAUACGUCAUAUGAUAGAAGUUAUGAUAGAUAUAAUUUAUUUACUGUUGAAUAACAUAUGAAUAAAAUAGUUGAAUAAUAACUUUCCAAACGAAUGUAAACCUUUUUGCCUGAAUAUCGCGACGCAAAUGAUCGCAGGGUGGCCAGUUGUGUACGCGGCUUAAAGCGACGGUCGCCCACCCGCGCACAACUACAAGGAAACGGGCACCGCUAUGUACGCGAAGCUCGCGUUGUACAUACUUGUGUACUCCUCUCUCGCUUUCCUCUCCCUCGGCCACGCUUCCUCAAACCCCCUCCCACCGAUCCCUGGCAAGUACCAGUGAUCACUCUCUCUCUCUCUCUCUCUCUCUCUCUAUCCUUCCAUCUCGAGUAUUCUCUCUCUUGGCACCUCUCCUUCUCUCUCUGUUUCCCUUGCAAGCUACGUGUAACCCGUCUCGCUUCCUCUCGUUAGUUCGUUUCGGACCUGAAGACCGAAGGCAGAUCGAUCGGACGAUUUUCCUCGGGGUUUUCCUCGACGACGACCACCCCGCGACGAGUCGAGAAAUUGCUCUCAGGGCUCCCGAUUCGAGCGAGGAAAAAAAUUCAGGUCGAUCGAACGCACUCUCUCGCGAGAGGGACACGGGGAAAAGAGUGGGCGGUUAAAGGGGGAACCGAAGGGGGAAAGAGAGAAUACCAGCGACAACGACGACGACGACGACGUCGACGACGACCAACGACGGUGGCAAGAUAUAGAGAGAAGGAUAGAGCGAGAGGAAAAAAAGGUGUCCCCAAACGAAGCGCGGACAUCGCGACUCUGUGACGGAUUUACGUCGGGGAACGAACGAGGUCACGGACUAGAGAAAGAAAAAGCUAGCGCGACGGUAAAAAAAUGGACGUUAACGGGGAUUAUGGCAACCUUGAACGAGCGGCCCGGAGUUUUCGCAAAGUUCGCAGGUACAAACGAGAGCCUCUCUCCCUCGUUUCUUUUUUUAAUCUGCCGCUUGGUCAAUCGCUUUUGAACGAACCCUAUGGCACCUCGUGGAUAAACGAUAUAUCUGCCCCGACGCAACGCUCCUAUCGAUAUAUCAAAAUCUUGUCAAUAAUUCGAUAUACCAAUAGUAUCGUUAAAAUACUAUUAAGACUAGUAAAACUGACUUAAGUGAAGAUAUUGUUUAUAGUCGAUCAGAUAUCGAUACAUAUAUCGUUAAUUCGGACGAUCAAAAUAAAAUAUAACACCCAGUACUAUCAUUCGUGUCCAUUUAUUCGUAUAUUUUACGUGACAAGAAUAAUUAGAUUUAUAAAAAUUAUGUAUCGGUUACGUCGUUUGCGCAUGCGCAUAAUAGCACAAUAGCUCAUCGCUUCCAUUACUCUUAACGAUAGUAUCGGUAAGUCGUUAAAUUAUCGACUACCGCAAUAAAAAUGUCCAUGCAAAACACGCUGUGAUUGCAAUUAUUUAAAACACGAUCAUUUCCUUCUUCCGUUUUGAUACCUUGCAUAACGUAUCGAUAAACUUGUCGAUAAUCGAUACCAGCGUCUCGAUAGGUCCGAAUAUUAGGUAGAGUUUAUAAAGAAAUGGAAAUGAAGUAUAUUAAACGUUACAUCGAGGUAUAGCAGUAAAAUUUAUUUCAUAAAUAAUGUCCAUAGGUCUUAGCGUAAAAUCAAUGUCCGUAGUUUAUUUUCCGUGAGGGGUAUUUAUAAAUUUCCGACGAAGCCGUUCCUCUAGCGCGGUAUUGUCGCUUGGAGAUAAAAUUACAAGGCGCGAGCCGGAACGGUUCGUCGAGUGAAAAUUGUAGCACGCUCGAACAAGUUUUGCACGGUUUUUCGUAAUACGUAUGUACUUUUGCGAGUGUGUGACGCGCACGGCUGGACGUUCGUGUCCCAUUACGCGAGAGGCAAACGCGGUCGAGCGGUUCGUACGGCCCUGCUUUUCGACAAACUCGACGGCACUGUCGCCGACCGAUAAUUCGAGCCGCCGCAAACUCGACGUCUGUUCACGACGCGGCGCAAAGUUGGCGGACGACGGCGAAGCGGGAUUGCUCGGUUAUCCGGGUAAAUACGACGAGGAAAAAACAGUAUUCCGAGGAACGAUCCGCAAACGUGAGAUCCAACACGUGCGCUUUAUCCCCGUCCGAUCGUUUUCAACGCUCGUCGCAAACGUUUCCCCGAAACAUUUGCGCUCACCGACGUACGUACAAAAAUUUCAAAAGGGAAAUUGCUUCGAAUGCGCAACAUUUCUUGUCAGUUUGCUAUUAGGACAAAGAUAUAAUGCUUUUGUGGUCAGCGGUUAUGCAUCCAGGGAGCAGACUCUGCGUGAUCUGACGAGAACUACGUGCCCCUAUUUACCGCAACCAGAAGUACGUGAAACUACAACGGUAGAGGCCGAAGAAAUUUGUAAAUAUGAACUGAAGCUGCCGCUGGCAUACCAGAGUGAACAUUUAUUAAAACUCGAACAAGAAGAGGAGCAGAAGAUACAAACUAAAUUGAGAUUGCAAGAAGAAAAGCAACGGAGAUACAUCGAAGAUUUAGAACGGCCUCCAAGAGAUAAAUAUCACGGACACAGAAUACACGCUUGGGUAGCUAUUUUACCAGAACUAGGAGGAUUAAGGGAUCAAGAAAUUCCAUAUCCACUUUUCAUCGAACCAACAACCGGCGUAUCCUACGACGCGACAAGCAGUAACACUGCUAAAUUCUAUUUGGGCAUUGAAAGUAUAUGGAAUGAUAAGAAUUAUUGGGUAAACGUGCAACCAUCAAAAUCCUGCGCUGAUAUAAAGUGGGAUUUAACUAAAGUUGAACAGUGGGAACAUUUAUUACCUGGAGAGCCGUGGACAAUGCGUGGAACAGGAGAGGAAAUUGAUCUCGAUUCCAUGAUACCGCAAGAAAAACACUUGGACAUGCCAAUUUCAUAUGUAAAUAAAAUAAGAAUUAGCACGCAAAACUUCGAGAAACGCUAUCCAAAUGGUUCGAAAACAAUACACUACAAGAAGGCAAAAGUUCAAUUGUAUGCACCGUAUAUUCAAACAGAUGGAUUGAUCCAAAAAAUUACUUUGUACGAUGAUUAUGUGUAUGCCACACCUGUUGAAGUUUAUGAGUACUACCAAAAUAGGUCGGAUAAUCUCGUGGAAAGUCGGAAAAAUUUAACGGACGAUGCUGUCGUUGAUUACUACUUGAGAGGUCGUCCAGAUUACUGCAAAGAGCACCGAUACUUUUCUAAUGAUUCCAAUGCGGUGGAUAGCGAGAGAAUCUUAGAUUUUUAUUCUACUGGUCGGUUGGAUGGAUUAACACGAAUUGAAAUGCAUCCUGAUUAUUUGACGCAACAGUUCACGGAUCGAGAUGACUUUCUGUAUUACCGGAACGUUCAGUUCUCUCGAGGGAAAAGUUCCACAGCGUUAGACGACAUACAUUAUCGACAAGUCUCGAAAAUUGUAGAAAAAUUUAACAGAGAUGAGAGGAUCAACGCGAAUCAGAAUAUAGCGAUUCGCGAGUUCGCUAUUGAUGAGAAUGAAAUACGACUUACGUAUCACUAUAAACCAGGACUGUUCUCUAGAGCCACACGAUUAUUUAUAAAACCACCAUUAGCAGAAAGAGGAGAACGGCUAGUUCUCAAUCCUGCAAUGACUCAAGGAUACAAUCCCUUAGAUGAACCUGUUAAAGGUCUUGAAGUCUUUUAUGAACUAGAAACGCAAUUAAAAGAGGAGGAUUGUUCUAUAUCUCAUGUCAGAAAUGCUGAAACCGAAGUAUCCUCUUUUCUGACAACAAGAAAUAAUGAGUAUUUGACACCGACGUUAUUAAUAUCUGCGUAUGAUAAACAUAGAGAGUUGUCGGCAACCGAUAUACUUACGAUUGAAUGGAAACGAGAACAAAGUUUAAAAGAUCUCAUUGAAGAUAAAGAUCAUUUGAAACCAUAUUUGGCGCGUAUAGGAAAUCCGCCCGAAGUAUCCGUGCUGCAAGCCUAUUCCAUAAAAUAUGAUUGUCUGAACGAUUAUAAACAAUUACUUGUAAACAGAGCAAACAAGAUUUUGCAUAAAUUUGAAGAGUACAUGCAACGUCUUGAGAAACUACAGACAUCAUUGGUGCAGAACGAAGACUUAAGUCACGAAGAAGAAGCAGAAAUAUUAGAAAAGAUGGAUGAAGUCAAUUUCAUUUUGCAAACGCUGGAAACUAGAUUGGACCGUCACAGAGAUUUAGUUCCAGUACGAUAUAAAAUGUUAAUGGAUUAUCUACAACAAACUCCACAUCUUACAGUACUUAGAUCUUGAAUGAAACAAAUAGA